CACAGAGUAAGCGAGGGAGGGGGAUUAUAGGGAGGAAAAGGCGUUUCCAUUCUCAAACCGGCGAGACACACGAGCACGACCGACAGACCGAGCGGAGUUAACCGAAAUAAAUCACAUCAUUUUAUAAUCACAGUGAAUAUAAUCACAUCGAGAUCUGCUGAUGUUUUCACUCUGAACUGAACUGAAAGCGUGAAGCGGAUCUCAGCCGUCAUCACACCGGGAACACAACAUCAUCAUCAUCAUCAUCAUAAAAUAUGUCGGAGUACAGCUCACUGUUGAGUGACCUGUCUGACAACAUCACUAAUGAAGACCUGGAGCAGCUGAAAUCAGCCUGUAAGGAGGACAUCUCUGAAGAUCAGAGCAACUCCAUCACCUCCUCCAGAGACUGGUUCACCUACCUGGAGAAGAAUGACAAACUGACACAAGAUGACUUAACUUACAUCGAGCACAUCUUUGAGAUCUCAAGGCGACCUGACCUCCUGACCCGGGUCAUUGAGUACCGCACGACCGUGCUGAAGAUCUCUGAAGACGAUGAGAUUGACACCAAACUUACACGCAUCCCUUCGGCCAAGAAAUACAAGGAUAUCAUUCGCCAGCCAUCAGAAGAUGAGAUUAUCAAACUGGCCCCUCCGCCAAAAAAAGCAUGAGGUUAAAGUUUAUGUCUCCCUGGCACUUCAUCAUGCCCGUCGUCAUCACUAAACCACACCCACUGCCGCGCCCACUCCAUCAUCCACAGUGCAGAAGCCAAGCAGCCAAUCAGAUUGCCAAGAUGCUUUACAGCUACAUGCCCAAGCCACGGAGGCACACAAAUUAUGGAAAAUUAGGAUGAAAGAGAAGCCAUGGACAAACAGACAAAAGUACAGUUGAAUUUGUUAAGUGAAGGGGUCCAUGUUGUGUGUGUGUGUGUGUUGAAUGAAAAUGUUGUGUUUAUUCACGCUUGUUUGAGAGAGAGAGAAAGAGAGAUUUGGUUUAAAGAAGUUGGUCAGACCAACAUGAUGAGAAGUUUGUCGUUUCUUCACGUGCCACAGGGCUAAAUGGUGUGAAUCUAGUAAAGAUAACGCAUUUAGAUGCUCCAUAAGCCACACUGACUAUAUAGCUAGUAAUGUGGGUAGACCUGAGGUCAGUACAUUCCCUUUAAAAAGGAAAAACUAAAAAAAAAAAAGAGUCUGAAUUUUGAAUUAAUCUCUGAAUUUGUGCGAUUGCCACAUAGAAAGCCAAUAUUUGCCUUCAUUAGAUAUCUAAUGCAUUAUUUCAGGGUAUGCAAUUACCUACAUACAGUAGAUAAAUUAAUAUUGCUUUUAUAUUUCUGCAUUUCCUGAUCAUAGAAAAGAUAGUUUAUUAUAUACAGGAUCAGUUAUAGACAAAUAUCAUUAUAAAUGAAGGUUGUUAUAGAUGCCUGUCUCGAGGGUAAAAUUAGACGUAAUCAGUAUAGCAAAAAUAUCCACAGAAAAAAUUAGCUAAAAAGUAUGUUUAUAUUAACUUUCUAGCUCCAUGCAGUAUUUGCAUUAGUAAAUAGAAGGCAUAUAUUUUUUAUUAAAACUAAAACUGUGAAUUAUUUCAAUGUCUCAGAAUGCCAUUAUGUGAAACAUUAGGACGCCGUUUUCAGUGUAUAGUCUAUAGAGGGGACGCAAAACUACGACUGAAAUAAAAAAAUAUAUUUAAAAUAGGUAAAACAUAUAAAUGUACAUCUACAGCACUCUACAUGGCCAAAAAUCUGUAUGCAUCUCUGAUUGUUAAAGUAUAUCAGAGAUCCAUUUUAUAGUUUCUUUUUUUUCAUUUGUACCUUUGUUUCUUUAUCGUAAAAGUGUAUUUUAACAUCCAUCGUCAUGCAUUUUAACGCAGCAGGAUCAUGCUGUGGUUCUAAAUAUGAAUAUUAAUGACUGUUUGAACUCGAAAUGUGCUUGAUCACUGUGCGUCACAUAGCUCAGCCUUAGACUGUUGUUUUCACUUUAUAAAUUUGACUGCGCAUGACAGCAGCAUGCAUCGUUCAGUUACUGUAUCGUCUGUGACUCCAAAUGAUGUUUUGUUAGAUUGACGAAGAGAUGCGGACGGGCAACGUUACUUCUAUCCCUUACUGCUUACUUUGAAAUGAAAGUCUGUAACAUUUAGAUGUACAUUAAAUGUAGAGAUCAGUAGGAGUAAAAUCGUCUUGCAACAUCUAAAAGUUAAUGUUGCCACUUUUUAAAUAAAUCCCAAAAUUAAAAGGUACUUAACCUCAAGUCAUUGCAAAACUGUUUGAGUAUAUCAGUGAAAGUGAAUGGGGAUUGGAGAUGUAAAUCAUACAAACUACUACUCUAAUAUUUUCUGUGAAGCUCCUUUACUAUAGAAAUUAAUAUCAAUUUUGUUCUUCACACAAGGCCGCAGGUCACUAUUCACUUUCAUUAUAUACUGUUUAACUUCUGUCUCUUGCAAUGACGCAGAGGCUGAGUAAAUGAUGAAUUCUGAAACUUAUUUUAACACUGUACAACAAGUCAAAAAAGAUCCCCUCACUUUGAAAACAGAUUGUACAUUAUAUUUAUUCUAGAGCGGUUUUGUUUUUAUGUUGUUGUUGUAUUGAUGUUUCUCGAUUGUGUAUAGUUAUCAUCUUGUGAUUUUUGCUGUGUGUGACAUUGUGACUGUGGUAAUGUUCCUGAAAUAGUUUGUCUCCCUGGACACGUGUGGCCAAAACUCUUUAAAAUCGCUCUCAUAAGAUAAACCAUCACCAGUCUUUUCUUUUUAUACGUUCGGUCGAUUUGUUUAGUGAUGUUAUGGUUGUUUAUGUUUGUUAUUAUCUUGUGUUUCAGCACCUGAAUCCUCUGCUAUAGGUCAGCUCUUUGCUUGUAAAUCCUGGUCCUCGAGUACCCCCUUCCAGAAAGUUUUAGAUGUCUCCUUAUUUAAAACUUGUCAGCCUCCUUCCAAAAUGGGAAACAUGUCUCACUAAGAAGCUGAUGAGUUAAAUCAGAUGUGUUAAAUAACAUUCUGGGAGUGUGUCCUCGAGGACCAGGAUUGCCAAACACUGCUAUAGCUAGUUUUGCCGUACAACUUCCCCAAAUCCGAAACUAAGGGCUUGGUAUGUCCUCGUAUCACGGUGGUUAUUCUUUCAGCAGGUGCUCAUAUAGUUUUGUCUGUAUUAGGGGGCUGUUUUAAGCACUGUGCUUUGCGUUUACAGUAAUUUCAUCGGGUGGUCUUUUGAAAUCCCUCCACCGGAGCAUUCAAGAAGCCAUAAGGCAUACUUAUUCACCCAUACUAAUAUGAAUUUUCUCAUCUGCAAGAAAAUAAGAAGCUUUUUUCUUCACAAUAUCUUGAUAUUUCCUCUAUGCAGAGAAUAUUUGGCACUGUGCAUGCAUGUGUGUCGCCUCUUUCGCUUGGAGACACAUUUUGUCAUUAUUAACCACUAUGUGCAAUCCUCCACACUAUUCUGUGUUCGGCCAAAACAAAAUGGUGUGAAGACAUAUAAUCUGUCAUUUGAUUGUCAAAUUGGAUGUCACGGUAUUAAAAACAUAUCAGCCUUGAUGAUGCUGCAAAAGCAAGAAAAUGCUGACGAUUCGUCAUUAUUGGCAUAAUAGAAACACUGAAUUUGUUUAGUUUAAUACGAGCAGAAACGCACUGCGAUCUAAUGAAAACUGAAGAUAAACGAAACAUUAAUAUCAUGAAAACUGUCAAGAAAUGUCUGGGUCACAUUUCACCCCAACACCAAGAGAAAACACGAAAUGAAGUUUUGCAUAACGCACAGAAGCAUGUUUAGGAUUUUUGACGUCAUGGUAAAAUUCUUAGAAACCUAAUGUGAUGUGAAAUGAAUUAUUCAACAUGUAAGCUACUUAGAUUGUAAAGUACAGUUGUAAGAGUGGUGUUAUUUUUUGGUUCACGGGGUAAGAAUGACGUUUAAAGACAUCACAUUAGAUGUGUAGUAAGCAGGCGUGACUUUCUACGCAAAAUGUUUUCUUUUGACUGGGAUGAAAUGUGACCUAUGCAUUUCCACAUGAGAAUAAUUUGUUGUUAAUGCAUUAAAAAGUUUGUUCUGUACUUAAGUUGUACAUAUAAAGUAUAUUGUGGAUUUAUACGAGCGUGUUUUAUUAUGAAUUAAUUUAUUCAAUGCAACUGUAUGUUGUUUUGGUGUAUUGAAGUAUGUUUACUAACUGGAUACGGGGAACACAUCUAAUAUUUUAAACGUGCUCAUUGUAAUGUAAGACAGGAGGCUCAAGAUUUUUUUUAUAUUGACUUUCGAAAACAUCAUAAUUUCCAUGUCAUUUCUUUGUCUUUUUACAUUUCAAUGCUUCAGAUGCUUGUUCUCUUAGUAAAAAUAUGGCCGUUCUGAACGUGUUCGUAAAGCCUUGUCAUGUUGUGAAACGUUUGUAUCGUAAAUGCAAGAAAACCUUUAAAGAUCACUCAUUUUUCAGGUUGUGACAAUGAGGAGGGCAGUUUUGCAUAAAGAUUAUCUCACAAAACACGAUUGAUGUUUGAUACAGGGAUUAUAGAUUGUGAAUGGCCGUUCGCAUUAUAAAGAUAAAUAUAACAUUAACUAUAAUGAUAACAUUAUUAGCGUCCAGACCACCGGACUAUGCUUCUCGUGUAAAUCAUGGCAUUAAGUACUACUGCAUAUUUCCUUUAAUAAAAAUGUUAGGAAUUGUUCACGUCAUUAAAUUUACAAAUAUGCUGUUUUUGUUGCAUUUACAGCAGCUAUAACCAGCGGAUGAUCUCAACACGUUGUGUUUCGUGUAUCUCUAAACAGUGAAUCUAGUUAGUGUAAAUCUAAUAUCUUACCUUUUGGUGUAAUAGUCAGCGUAGUACAAUAAAACAUUAUGAAGUAAAUUUCACUGCAACAGCGCUAGACACCUGAGGAAAUUAUAUGCUAUGGACCUCAGCUUCUCCACAGCACCUAUCAGUUCAAAUGUGCGUGCACUUUAGAUUCAAAUAAAUUUGAUUUAUCAUUCAUCAGUUGGAAAAACGCACAGAAAGUGAUCCCAAAUGAUAUCGUUCAUUGUAUUGAACUCCGCUUUUUUAUAGUUAUCAUUAUAAUGUGAACUGCCCUUAAGAGUUAUGAUGGUGUUAAAAUAUGGUUUGGUGUGAAGAUUGAAUGGAUUGUAGUACAGUGUGUUAGUAAAUCUAAUGAUAUCUGAUAUAUUAACCACAAAAAUAAUACAGUGAAAAACGAUUACUGUAAUUAUGCGGUAAGGAAAAUCAUCUUUAAGGACACCAUUUAUUUUUUAAAUGCAACAAAUUCUGCCAUAACUUACAGCUGUAAUAUGCAAAUUAAAUAUUUUUGUUAUAUUACAGUAAUGUGAUUUCUUCGUAUUACAGUAGGUUACUGUUGUUUUUAACGUGUUAGGAGCCUAAUGUCACAAUGCCAAAAAUACGAUUGGUCUAAAAAGUUGGUUUUAGAGUGAAAAUGCAUAACCAGGACAGUAUCGGUUUAUAUGUAAAAGAUGUUCUUUCUUAUCCAGAUAUUUAUGUGGAAAUAUUCAUGUGGAAUAUGAUGAUAAAUUAAACAUUAUAGUUCAGUCGAUGUUCCCACUGAAAUGGACAGAAUAUUUAAUAAUGAACUUAUUUAGUGACACAAACAUGCAUGAGUCUGUGAUUGAAUGGGGUUUGCAUUGUGUGUUGUGUACAGUAGAGGUAGAGAGCUGCAGGUUGGUUGUGUGUUGUGGGUUCUUCUGGAAAGGCAGUUGUGUGGUGACAUUGAUGAACUGGAUUUGGGUAAAUUAGUUUUAGACAGAAGGAUUUGUUUUGUGAUUUAUAUUCUUUAUAGUCAUAGAUGUCAACUGGAUUUACACAAACAGAUAAAUUAAUGAACAGAAAUAAAACAUCAUUGGUUGGGGUAGCACCGUGCUUAUUUAUUGACUUGUUCUUUCUUUCUUUUUUUUACUACAUGAAUUUCUCUUAAUUAAAACUACACUUUGACAUAUUCUGCUUUGCGGAUUGUUCCUGUUGAUAAAACCUCUGUGUGUUAUUUUUCCUCUUUGAUCCUGUCAGCGUUUCUUCAGUAUUGUUUUUCUUUGUCUUAUGUUGUAAUAAAAGCUAUAAAAGCUCAAUAUGGAAAUAUGUUUGUUAAAUAUUACAUGCAGUGUGGCUUCUCUCUCAGAGUACAUUAGGCUGAACAGAAAUGAUGCCAUUUUGUCAUUGUGCUUAAAUAUAUAAAUAUUAUAUUGUAUAUUAAAAUAUAUUUGCUAACCUA